UUUCAGGUACUUGUAAUGUCCAAUAUUGGAAGUGGUUCAGCUGAAACGGGUGGUACGUACACAUAUCGUUACUACCUUUGUAAAUAUUUGACACCGAUACGUACGGGUUUUGGUUUGUUAACAAUUUUAGGUGAGGGUUUGAAUAUGUUAGAAUCACUCUUAGGUAAACGUAUAAUGGACAAAUUGAUCGUACAUUCUUCAUCAACUUAG